AUGAAGGCGUUACUGCAGAUAUUCCCUAUCCUCUGGGCCGUCUCCUCGGUCUUCAUGGCCUGGGAAGCACUAUGCAUCCUCACUGGCUCCAAAUACCCCAUCCUGGUCGUAACAUCCGGGUCCAUGGAGCCUGCCUUCCAGCGAGGCGAUCUCAUAUUCCUCUCGAACAGGCAGCAGAGUGUCCAGCCUGGCGAUAUCCCUGUGAUCUGGAUCCCAGGGAAGCCGCUGCCUAUGGUCCAUCGGGCAAUUACCGUUGAUUAUCAAAUUGUGGAUGGGGGACUCAAACAAACGAUUCUGACAAAAGGCGAUAAUAAUGCCAUUGACGACAGAUACAUGUACGUCCCAGGACGCCCGUUUGCCCUGCGCGAAGAGGUAGUCGGGUUGGUGAAGGGGUAUGUCCCGAAAUUGGGGUGGGCAAGUGUGGCUCUGCAAGGGGGAUUAUCGGGGAAAUAG